CUCUCUUUGUUUGUAGUGGGAGGACUCCCUGUCCGGCUAGCAGCCAAACACAUAUACUCACUGUCCUAACUUCACAACUGUAUUUAUUUUUUAACACAGCCCGUAAAGAUCCUCGCAGCGGGUUCUUCUUUCCGUUUGUUCUCGCUUUAAUAAGAUGGUCGUUCUGACAAAUAACAAUGAGGAACAGGAUUAUAUCCUGAUAGAGGAGCGUAAAUGCACCUCCCUGCCUAGCUCUCCCGCCAAGCGAGUGUCUCCCACCAAAAAGAAGCAGUUCUUUAUCAACCAAGCCAUCCGCAACUCUGACCUCACGCCCCGAGCCAAAGGCAAGAAGAGCCUCCGCCGACAGGAGAACACACGCUUUCUUGCUAACCUUCUUGAGAGGGAUGAGUGUUCCAAAGAUGAUCUGGAGGUUUGCAGUAACCCAGCCAUCCCGUCCAUCUUCACUGAAGCCUGCACCAACGGAAACUACGUAGAGCCAUGGAACGACUUCAUGAAUUGCUCCGGUGAGGAGCAGGAGAGGCUGUUGUCUCUGCUGGAGCAGGAGGAGGCCAAGAAGAAAAACACCAACCGCCUCCUCAAAGACCAGAGGAAUGUAAAUCCUGCCUUCACUGCUCAGGACUGUUUCCAGAGGAUCGAUCGCAGGCUGCGAGUCACUCUGAGACGGAAACAAAUCCCCAUGGGAACUCUGGAAGUACUUGAGGAAAAUCUCCUGAGCUUCUUCAACGCUCAGCCUCACUCAGUUUACACAACCAACCUCGGCAGCAGCUUUGAGAGGCUGCUGCUUCACGCCGUCUGCCAGUACAUGGACCUCGUCUCUGCAAGCACCAACUACAACGGGUCACGUCAGACUGAAGUGGUGAACAAACAAGAGGAGUUUCUGCCUCCUUCUCUUCUGCUGUCUGCCUACCUGGAGCAGAUGAGCUGAGACCAGGACCACAGUGUGUUUCUUCUGCGUGGCUCUGCUGCAAGCAGGAGCUCUGAGAGAUGUAGAUGAGGUGCUCUGUCCAUAUGUAUCAUCUGUGUAAUGUCCACCGAGCUUCACAAACAGAGCUGAAAGAUGCCUGCUUCCUUCUGCUUGGUCUCUGUAGUAAAUUUUCCAUUAAUUUGAUCCAUAAACAAAUCAGAGGUCAUCGACCCCUGUGCGUUAAAAACAUGCUUUGUAUAAUGUUAGCGUGUUAACUGUGUGCAUGUUAAUGUGUUGAGGUCAGCUCAAAGCACAGCCCAGCCCGAGUGCAGGAGGUCACCACACUUGAGACGUCCUACCAUGGCCAAAUUUAACAUUUUCUUCCCCAUUGUUAAAGACUCAGAGGUAGUAGAGUUGUCAGAGCUUUUUUUCAUCCAUCCAAAAAAGUAAUUAGUAAUAUAGCAUCAUGAAUUGAUUUUGUUUAAGUACUGCUGUUACCACACAACAUUGGGAGUUAAAUACUUAGUUCCCAAGUAUUUAAAAUAUAUACAUUAAUAUUAGUAUAAUAUUUAUUUUUUUCUCAUGAUCAGAUUUAUGACAAAAUAGAUCAGCUGCCAUUAGCGUCAUGACAGCAUGUCAAAAUGUAUUUAUAGGCCAGACAGGCUCAGGACAUCAUUGUUACACACCGGUAUACAAACAGGUGAGAUAAAGUAAUGGUUCAAAAUGAAAAGUAAUCAGCUUCCGCACAUUGUCAGCACUUAUAGUGUGUUGUUUCACUGCCUGAAGGAUUAGCCUGUAGGAUUUGCGUAAGUAGUGAGGUAUGAUGCAUUAAUAAUCACUCUACGUUAUAUGCACAGACACAUCACUCAUCACCAUGGGUGAAAAAGUAAAUAUCUGUUGUUAACAGCCUCUCAUAAGCUAAUCAUCUCUGACAUGUGAGACAAAAACAGGCUGUUUAGGUACAACAUCAUAUACUAAACACACAUACGAACACACACAAACCAAAACAGAGGCGACAUGGGAAAAAAAAUGAAAGGUCUUUGACUGAAAAAAAAAAACAGAGUCAGAGCAGCUAUAAUGAUGACACCUCAGCUCUCAUAUACAGUUUUUCUGUUUACAUCGCAGUGCCACAAUUCAGCACAUAUUGGUCCUGAUGUCUGACACAGCUUGAAACAAGGAUUUCAGUGGACUGAUCCCACCCAGCGUGAAAUACAGUAAACUUACACAGUCACAGUUGUCGUACAGUGAAGGCGCCUUAACCUGAUGACGGUGUCAUUACUUAAUUUUCCAUAAUUAUAUCCCUAAUGGCUUUAAGCUUUAAGUCCUAAAAUAUAUCAUGUAAUACAAAAGUUCAUUUCACUACGAUCUGACUAACAACCGCACGAGUUUGUCGUGUUUCCAUGGUAACAGCAACCACUGAUUGGUGGGAACUCACCUGCAAACUCAUAUUUUACAUUCAUUUCAGCAAAGCACAACUUCAUAACAGUAAAUACUGACAAUAAAAUCAAAAAAACUAAAUGGAAAAUUUACUCAGAACCCAUUUCUAAUGGACACUGCAGGGCUGAUGAUGAGUGACAGUUUGCAAAGGUGCUAAGAUGGAAGAAGUGCUCUCUACUGCAUCAGGAAACGCAUCACUGCCUGAAGGAUUAGCCUGUAGGAUUUGUGUUAGUAGUGAGGUAUGAAGCAUGAAUAUUAAUAAUCUCUCUAUAUGCACAGACACAUCACUCAUUAUCGUAGGUAUAGAAGUAAAUGUCUGUCGUCAAGGGUGUAAAAUAGCAGCUUUCUAAUAGACUUGGGAAGUGAAGUAAUUCUUUUGUAAUCAUCUCGGUGUUAUGUACGAGGAGGAAAUUCGCUCUGUGGGUACAUUUUCUUUGGGAUUUGCUUUAGGGGAUUCAGUUUCCUAUGUGUCUUUCUCUGCUAGCUUCGUCCUCGCCUUGUCUACACCAGUCGAGUUUCAGCUGCAUUUUGCAUCAGUCAUGAUUUGAGGAUACGCUUACUUUUCAGCCAAACCGUCAAUGUUGAUUGAGUAACGGCUUAGAAACAACUGAGCACAGACUGCAACUGUGACAUCAAACAAUACUUUUUUAGGCUUUUCUACGACUGUACACUGAUCAACCACAACAUUAAAACCACCUGCCUCACAGGGUGUGGGUCCCCUUCGUGCCAUCAAAACUGCUUUGACGCAUCAGGGGAUAGAUGCAGGACCUCUUGGGGUUUCUUGGGUUGGGUUCUGUGUGGCCCCUUUAUGGAUCUGGCUUGUUCUGGCUCAUCCCGCAGAUGCUCAGUCAGAUUAGUAUCUGAGGAGUUGGGAGGCCAGGACAACACCUUGGGCUCUCUGUUGUGUUCCUCAAGACAUUUCUGAGCAGUUUUUGUGCUGUGGUGGGAGCAGUGUCCUGCUGGGGGAGGACCCUGCCAUUGGGGAGUGCUGUUGCCAUGGGGAGGGAAUGUCAAAGUAACAUCCAAGACCCAAGGUUUCUCAGGAGAACACUGCAUUGUAACAAGAUGAUCAAUGUUAUUCACUUCAUCUGUCAGUGGUUUUAAUGUUGUGACUGAUCAUGUCCAGCGGCUGCUAAUGUGCUACUUUCACUGCACACUGGUGUAGACAAGGUGUAAAUGUUAUUUCAGUCACAGUCAAUAUUUAAAGACAAGAUAAGGAACUAUACUAUUGUUAAGAAAUGCUACUGUCCCUGUACUUUUAGAUUUAUUGAUGGAUUUUUUUGCAACAUGCACAAUGUUCACUCAGUUUACACUUAACACACAACAACUUUAAAAGCCUCUUGCUUACAUGGUUUAAAGGUAUACUGUAUGUACAGUAGAUGUGUUACACUGACUGAAAAAUAACCACAUUUAAGGUGUUUUGAUGGUAAAAACCUGCUGAGUCGUGACUCGGGUACGUGUCAUCUCAGUAUUAACAUUUACAACCCCAGAAAAGCACUUCUGCCUUACAAACACAAGUUUCUAUGUUUUCUCUGUACAUAUAUUUCUACAUUUCUACUUGACUGGAUUUUGGAAACAUGUAUCCAGGUUAUUUAAAAAAAAAAAAAAAAAAAAUCAUACCCCCUGAUUUCUUUUUAUACUGUUGUCGGCAGUGUAACAAAACUUGACCUGUCGGUGCAUUUUUGUCAACAACCAAAGUUUGUGCGUUUGUUGCGUGGAAAUCCAACUUCUCAGGCUUUCGAUUUUCUCACUCUGAAUGUCAUGUAGUGAUUUCACAUAGUGUCAUUUUACUGUGUACUGUAAGGCUCUUCAUUAAGAUGAACUUGUUUGGUUCAUGCUCACCCCAGCACCAGGGGGCGCUGGCAACUUUUUAAAUACUUGUAGAUGUAGUUGUGCUGUAAAUAAUGAAUUCAGAUAAUUGACUUGUGCCAACAUUUGGAUUGAAAAAGCCUAUGAUCGUCUGAAAGCUUUAUACACUAGACUGUAACAUCUUUGUGUAUAUAAUGAUAUGUGUGCUACAGUACCUAUUUAUAGUUAUCGCUACAACUAUUAAAGGAUAUAAGAUAUUUUUUUUCUCAUUUCAUUGUGUACUUUUUACUUAAAACUGCUGAAAGCCAUGUCUGAAAAGGUGGUUUUAAUAAAUGUGAGUUUAACUCCA